AUUACAGCAGCACUGAGCUCUCUCACAUGUUCAGUUACAGCUGCGAGAAAGAGAGAGAGAGAGAGACAGACAGAGAGAAAGUAGUCAGAGUCCUGGGGUGUGAUAGUUGAUCGGCAAACAUGUCAGAGAAGCUGGAAGGCAACUUGUUAGUGACCGGGUCCAACAGGGGCAUUGGUUUGGAGCUGGUCAAACAGCUGGCAGAGAGAACAGGACUGGACGCUCACAUCUAUGCCUGCUGCAGAGCGCCUGAGGCAACCGGGGCUGAGGCCCUGAGAGACCUAACAACUCAAUAUCCUGGAAAGAUCACUAUAAUUAAACUAGACAUGUCGGAUGAGGACAGCAUCUCGGCUGCUGUCCAGGCUGUGAACGAGCAGAUCGGGGCCGGUGGGUUGAAUCUCCUGAUCAACAACGCCGCCAUUAUAGGACCGAGCACACCGGGACCGCUCUCUGCCACUGGGAAAAAAGACAUGAUGGAGGUGUACGAAACCAAUGUGGUUGGACCAUUUCUCAUUGCCAAGAUGUUUCUUCCACUCCUCCAGAGAGCAGCAGAGAUGCACUCACCUGAAAAGGACGAGGGUGAGAAAAUGUCCUGCAGGAGGUCGGCCAUCAUCAACAUCUCCACGCUGAUCUCAUCCAUAGCGAAAUGUCCAGAGACCUUUGCUGAGGCGCAGAUGUACCCUUAUAGGGCCAGCAAGGCAGCACUGAACAUGGUGACUCGCUGUCAAUCUGAGGACUUCAAGAGACACAACAUACUGGUGACAGCAAUCCACCCUGGCUGGGUCCGCACUGGGAUGGGAGGAGGACAUGCUCCUUUAUCUCCCCAGGAGAGCGUGCACGGCAUGCUCACCAUGAUGUCAUCCCUCAGCGACAAAGAUUCUGGGAUGCUUCUGGACUGGCAGGGCAACACGAUCCCCUGGUAGCAGUCGCCGUGUCAACCACACCAGGACCUAAAAACAAACAAAGCAGGUUUUUUUGCCAAUAAAUAUUAAUAACUAAGACAAUAUACCAGGGUGAGGCUGCCACGGCAACGUGCACCUUUGUCUGACAUCUGGGAGUAACAUUUGAAGUAAACUUUGACUGGAAAAAUACAUGAAAUGAAACAUCUGAUGUCACAUUUUGAAAUUUAAUUUACACUUCACCUCGUAUCAUUCUUCUCUUUUAGUUGAAGAAGUUAUUUAAAUUGCCUGUCAACAUGGGUUUUGGGUUGCUACUUUUUAUAAUUGUAAAAUGUAUGCAUUUAUUUGCUCUGCACCUAUGGAGUACAUUAAAGGCCAUCUGCAUGGAA